UUACUGGCCUUAGUUACUGUCGUCCACCAUGUUACCAACUCCGUUGUAGGAAUUUUCUCUCAUCUCUCUCUUCACACAACAAUAACUGCUUACAAUUUACACUUACAAACAACAUUGCAAUUCCGUCCGUUUCUGAAACAAUCCAUCCCACUCUCCUUCUUUAAAUACCCCAAAAAUAUUCCACGUUUUCUUAUUUUCCCAUGGAAAUUACACCCAAGCUAUCCCCAUAGCAGCAGAAAAUACCUUCAUAUACCGCUCAAAAUAUCAACCUUUUUUUCAUAGCGGCUGUGAUCGAACCUGCUACAGAUUUAAUUUUCAUUUACUGAAGAAGUUGGGAUCUUAAAGACCUAUGCUGGCUGAUAAUGAGUGAAGCUAUGUUAACAGAUAUAGCAGAAACUGCCAAAAAUGCUCGAGAAUAUGCAAUAACGGGGAACUAUGACACUUCAUUGGUUUAUUACCGAGGAUUGUUACUGAAAGUUCAGAAACUGCUUGUCAGUACAAAAGACCGAACUAAACAAAGCACAUGGAGUCGAGCCAAAACCUACUUCACAAAAGAGUACGAUGCAGUGAAAAACAUCUUAACGAUUCUUACUGGAAUGCAAAAAUGCAAUGCAGGUAGUUACCUGUUUGUACAUGAAGAGCCUACAAGAGACCAAGAGAGUUGGCCUCUUCCAACUCCAGUUGAACACAAACCUUCUCCUAAUUUAUGGGUACCACAUCGGGCUCAGCCAAAGAAACCAGAACCUAAAAAGUCAAACCCAAGGGUACCACUAGCCAGACAAAAGCCAUCAUCUGCUGAUAAAAACAAAGACCGAGGUGGUCGGGAAAGGCCUAAAAGAAAAGAGGAGGAGGAGAAGAAAUUUGACCCACCUGGUGUGGAUAAAGAGCUUGUUGCUAAUUUGGAACGUGAUAUUGUUCAGCGAAACCCCAAUGUACACUGGGAAGACAUAGCUGAUUUAGUGGAAGCGAAGAAACUCCUGAAAGAAGCUGUCGUUUUACCUUUGAUACGGCCAGACAUUUUCAAAGGAAUAAGACGUCCGUGGAAGGGUGUGUUAAUGGUCGGACCACCAGGUACUGGCAAGACCAUGUUAGCAAGAGCUUUGGCUACAGAAUGUGGAACAACUUUCUUCAAUGUGUCUUCUUCCAGUCUCACCUCCAAAUGGAGGGGUGAGUCGGAAAGACUUGUCAAGCUUCUCUUUGAAAUGGCUCGUUUUUAUGCUCCCAGUACAAUAUUUAUUGAUGAAAUAGAUUCCAUAUGCUCUCGAAGAGGUGGUGAUGAACAUGAGUCCAGUCGAAGAGUAAAAUCAGAAUUACUUGUAGAAAUGGAUGGUGUUAGUACUUCCACUUACGAUGAUGAUAGUGAAGGUAAAAUUGUCAUGGUCUUAGCUGCAACAAAUUUUCCAUGGGACUUAGAUGAAGCUUUACGUCGGCGUCUUGAAAAAAGAAUUUACAUUCCACUACCCGAUGCAAAUGGACGUGAAGAACUGUUAAAGAUUAAUCUUCGAGAAGUUGAAAUAGAAAAAGAUGUUGACUUAAAAGUAAUUGCUGAACGCCUUAACGGCUAUUCUGGUGCUGAUAUCACUAAUCUCUGUCGAGAUGCUGCUAUGAUGUCCUUCAGACGCCGCAUUGCUGGCUUGACUUCGGAGCAGAUCCGGAACAUUCCGAAAGAAGAACUGGAACUACCAUCAAGUAUGGCAGACUUUGAAGAAGCUAUUAAGAAAGUUAGCAAAAGUGUUUCUCAAGAUGAUCUGAAACGAUAUGAAAACUGGAUGAAGGAAUACGGCUCUGUAUAAGCCACCAUCAUAAUCAUCAUCAUUAUCAUCUGUGCUGCUUUUUUUUAAUUUUUUUUAAUUUUUUUUUUUUCUACAAGACAAUUCUUCUCAGGAUGGUGGAUUAUUCCAUUCUCUGUCUCUGUUCAUUUCCGUUGUUUAAAUUCUAAAGAAACCUUGCCAUUUCUCAAGAAUUCAAUAAUUAUACAUAUCUCCUCAUUCUAUGCUAUUUUAUUCCUUCAUUGGUGUCAGCCAUUAGAUUGCUGCCAUACUGGGGCAACGGUUGUUUUUGUUUCAAUAAAAAUCGACCUUGGCAC